CGAUGAUGCUUCGGAAUACUUCCGCUUCCGGCCCGGCUGCUCCCGCUGAGAAGUGAUUCGGCAUUGGGGCGAAGUUGCUGGAUCCUGGUUGAAGAGGUCGGCGGCGUCAUGGUGCUGCUGGAGAGUGAGCAGUUCUUGACAGAGCUAACAAGGCUUUUUCAAAAAUGCAGGACUACAGGCAGUGUUUAUAUAACACUAAAGAAAUAUGAUGGUAGGACACGACCCAUCCCGCGAAAGGGCCAUGUAGAGGGUUUUGAGCCUGUGGAUAACAAAUGUCUUCUCAGAGCAACAGAUGGGAAGAAAAAGAUAAGUACAGUGGUGAGCUCAAAGGAAGUAAACAAAUUCCAGAUGGCCUAUUCCAAUUUGCUUAGAGCUAACAUGGAUGGCUUAAAGAAGAAAGACAAGAAAAGCAAAAAUAAGAAAAGCAAAGCAACGCAGUGAUGGAGCAAAUCUUCUUGUUCCUACAGUGGACCCCAGACCUAGCUGUUAAUGUUUAUUCGUAUCACCACAUAUCUUUUGAUGUCACUUCCAACUGCUAACUGGAAUCUUAACCAUUUUGCUGAAACUGAAAGCAGAGGUUUUGGAUUGUGGUAAGCAGAAAUUGCCACACAUUAUAUAUACACCACAGCUGUCAGUUAACUGCGGAUUAGUUUUGUACUUGUGCUGUUCUCCAGCACAGGGGUGGUGAUUGGAGGAGCAAUUUUGAAUAAAUUAAUACUUGGAAUA